AUGCGCUUGAGCAAAUUACUGAACGCGAAGCACAUAAUUAAUACCACAGGCUAUCAAAGCCUCUGCGACCGUCGACCAGAUAUACUGAGUUUUCUCUUCCGCCAAAUGGCAUGUCGCAAGAAAAAAGGAAACAAUACUCCUCUAAUUGACCCACAAUCAGCACCCCCAUCCAUCAUCCCAUGUCCUCGGGCUUUUACAUUCGGUGACGGCACUUUCUCUAGCAAUUCUAUGCUCACAAUGGCCUCAGGUCUUUCAUCAAACAAUGGGUCGUGGGAUGCCUAUGCAAAUGAUGAAAAUUCUUAUACGUAUGAAUCUCCUGUCUUGGAUCCAGCCAAUCGAACACCAGCUCCACCUCUUCGAACUACUAGCACGGUUUCAAGUAUUAGCGCUUCAACUUCUGGAGUGGGACACGUAUACGAUGCAACCGAUGCUGUACUUUCAGGUCCCUUUUCCAAACCCCUUCCACCCACACCUGGGAGUGAAAAACGGGAAAGACGAGCCAAGAAAGGAAAACAGCCGUCUUGCGGCAGUCUUGCUCCACCUCCCCCUUUACCAAAUAUCUCAUUUCCCAUGAAAGUUCACCAUGAAGUUCACGUCACCUUCGAUCCAAUGAGUGGGGAAUUUACAGGCAUGCCGGCGGAGUGGGCUGCAAUGCUUCGCAAGGCUGGUAUCUCCGUUCGGGAGCAGCAACAGCACAUGGAAUUACUUCGAAAUGCCCUUGAAAUCUGCACCAUUGACAAAUCCACUGGCACUGUCAAGUACAUGAAUGAUCUCUCCAGCAGUACAAGUCCAUCAAUAACCCCCACUCGAUUUGAGAACGGCGGGGAAGCAAUGCAAGGAGUUGAAGUGGGAACUGGCGGGGUCCUCUCUCAUCACCGUAGAAGUGCUGCUACUGCGAGCAGUGGUCGUGGAAGCAGCGAGGAUGGCAGCAGCGCUGGAUAUGCUGGAGUAGUGGACGAUCGUCUCUUCAAGCAUCCCAUCCCUCAGGUCAAUGGUUGUGCUCCUCUCAGUCGAAUGGUAUGUGUCGCAAGCGCAAACUGUCUUAAUCUAACGUUGUCUCACCCUGUUCUAUUUUGA